CUCAGCUUUCUUCACCAACACUCAUCUCUCACUUAUUGGAGAUGAAAGUGAAAGCAUGGUGUGCCUUUAAAUCCAAGCUUCUAAAUUUAAAGCCAUGCAGAAAACUCAUAUUGUUCUUCAAGGUUAAAAGAUCCAAGAAGAAAUCUUUCUCUAUAAGAGCAUGUACUAGAUCAAAUGCUCACAAGAUCAAGUACUCCGAAUUCCAAAAUCCUUCAAACCCAAGAAAACCAAUCAUGUCUUCUUUGUUGUCAGUGUUUCGUUCGUCACCAAAGAAAUCGAAGGACAUGGGGUUCUCACAAGAAGGCCCUAGGAGCCCCGCCUUAAACAUUCUUGAAACGCCGGUUAUCCCUUCGCCGCUCAGCCCAGGUUUUGUGAGUGUGCCUCCUAAGGUGGACAGAAAGGAAGGUGCAAGCCAAGAUGUCGAAGAUGCAUGCCGGAGCUUCGAGAACUACUUGGUGGAGAUGAUCGUGGAAGAAGGGAAAACAAAGGAUUUGAUGGAUGUGGAGGAGCUUCUAUACUGCUGGAAGAAUCUUAAGAGUCCUGUGUUCAUUGAUUUGGUUUGUAGAUUCUAUGGAGAGCUUUGCAAGGACUUGUUUUCUUCUGAUAGUGAAGAUUUGAUGGCCUAAGGAGCCAUUCUGUGACAGUAAAUAGAUAUAAGAUAUUAAAUUUAUUCUUUUCUUUUUAGUUAACUUUUCCCAUGAAAAUGGAUGCAACCAUUUUAUGGAUAAACUUUGUUCAUGAUCAUGAAUUACUUUUUCAAAUGCGCUCAUGUUUGAAUAAUUCCUAGUUA